UGUAAAAUGAAUUGGAGGAACAAAAGGAAAGAAGGAAGACUUCUAGAAGCCCCACUCCACGUGUUUUUGCGCAUGUCCUCUUGCAUCAGAUCCACGUGGAGUGCAUUAAAGAAGUCUUGAUCUUGAAGCAACCUUUCUCUGCAAUUAUCAGUACUAGUCAUCAUGUUGAGAGCAGUGAGAGCUGGUAGCCAUAUGAGGAGACUCAUCUCCCUGAGACCAGUCACUGGAGCCAGGCAUUAUGCCAAGGAUAUCAGGUUUGGAGCGGAGGCACGCAUUGCCAUGCUCAAGGGUGUGGAUAUCCUCGCCGAUGCUGUAGCCGUCACCAUGGGACCCAAGGGUCGCAAUGUGAUCCUUGAGAAAUCAUGGGGCAGUCCUAAGAUCACUAAAGAUGGUGUCACGGUUGCCAAGGGGAUUGAACUAGAGGAUAAAUAUCAGAAUAUUGGAGCUAAGCUGGUUCAAGAUGUGGCCAGCAAUACAAACGAUGAAGCUGGAGAUGGCACCACCACGGCUACUGUCCUAGCCAGGUCAAUUGCUCGUGAAGGUUUUGAGAUGACGUCUAAAGGUUGCAACCCACACGAGGUUAGGACUGGAGUAAUGGCGGCCACAACUGCUGUAAUAGAAGCUCUCAGGAAUAUGUCCAAGCCUGUCACCACACCAGAGGAGAUUGCACAGGUGGCUACCAUAUCAGCCAAUGGUGAUCGUGAUAUCGGCAACCUCAUCUCCACGGCCAUGAAGAAGGUUGGCAAAAAUGGAGUCAUCACUGUCAAGGAUGGCAAGACACUCGUUGAUGAGCUGGAACUCAUUGAGGGAAUGAAGUUUGACAGAGGGUUUAUAUCUCCAUACUUCAUCAACUCUCCCAAAGGUAGCAAGGUUGAGUUUGAGAAUGCCCUGAUUUUGUUCUGUGAGAAGAAGGUGUCUAGCAUGCAGUCCAUACUGCCAGUGCUGGAGAUGGCUAAUGCUCAGAGGAGACCUCUCCUCAUUAUUGCCGAGGAUGUGGACGGUGAAGCUCUCACCACUCUCGUUAUUAACAGGCUUAAGGUUGGCCUCCAAGUUGCUGCAGUGAAGGCUCCAGGGUUUGGGGACAAUCGCAAGAACCAGCUUCACGAUAUGGCAGCUGCUACGGGAGGUAUAGUGUUUGGGGACGAUGCUAUUGAGGUCAAACUGGAGGAUGCUGUAUUGAGUAAUAUGGGAGAGGCCGCAGAGGUCUUGAUAACAAAGGACGACACGUUGAUCCUCAAGGGAAAAGGGGACGAGAAGUCCAUCUCAGAGCGUAUUGAGCAGAUCAAAGAUGAGAUAACCAACACUACAUCAGAUUAUGAGAGAGAGAAGUUGGAGGAACGAUUGGCCAAGUUAUCAGAUGGAGUGGCGGUGCUUAAGAUUGGUGGCUCUAGUGAUGUGGAAGUGAGUGAGAAGAAGGAUCGUGUCACUGAUGCUCUCAACGCCACCAGAGCUGCCGUGGAGGAGGGUAUUGUACCAGGAGGAGGCGUGGCAUUGCUCAGAUGUCUGAAGGCGAUAGAGGAGCUGAAGAUGGAAACAUCUGAUCAGCAGGUUGGUGUGGAGAUCAUACGCAAGACCCUCCGCACGCCAUGCAGUACCAUUGUCAAGAAUACUGGCGCUGACCCCGCCCCCGUCAUAGAGAAGAUCAUGAGCUCUCCCAGUGUUAGCUUUGGUUACGAUGCUCUCAAGGGAAUCUAUGUGGACAUGAUGGAACAGGGUAUCAUUGACCCCACUAAGGUGGUCCGCUCUGCCCUCCAAGACGCUGCUGGAGUAGCCUCUCUCCUCACUACAGCUGAAGUGGUUGUCACUGACAUGCCUAAAGAGGAAGCAGCUGCUCCUGGAGGUGGAAUGGGAGGCGGCAUGGGCGGAAUGGGUGGAAUGGGCGGAAUGGGAAUGUGAUAAUGAAACUAAACUAGUCCAAUUCAAUCCUGCUAUUAGUGAAUUUAUUUUUGUUCUUUUUGUGUGUUCCAAAGAUGUGUCCCGUAUUUAUUUGAUUUAUACGC